AUGUUUCGCAAUGUCCCGCCAAACCCACAGCAACAGCAGCAGUCAUAUCCACCUCAGCAAUAUGCCCAACAGCAACAACAACAGCAGCAACCGCAGUAUAAUCAACAACAGUCUCAGCAGCAACAGCAACAGCAACAGCAACAGCAACACCAGCAAGCUGCAAGUACUGUAGAUGGAGGAUCGGGAUCUAAUGGCGGAUCAGGACAGCAGGAGAUGAACCUUGCAAGCGUAUUGCAUUAUCUGCAAUCUGAGUGGAGGAGAUGGGAGAGGGAUAGGAAUGAAUGGGAGAUUGAAAGAGCUGAAAUGAGGGCAAGAAUAGCUUUGUUAGAAGGCCAGAGACGCUCAGCAGAGAAUCUAAAGGUUGAUCUAUUGAGGAGAGUGAAAAUGUUAGAAUUCGCUUUACGUCAGGAAAGGACUAAAUCGGUCAAUUCAGCAUCGGGCAAAGUAUCUAGCAUACCACCUUCGAAAUUGGCCUUGUUGCAAGAUGAAGACAGGAUGUCUACGGGAAGCAAGGAUGAGAACAAGGAAGGUAGUGGCAGUGAAGGUAGUCAGGAGGAUCUCGCCGAAAGAUCCUCCGGCUCUGUACCACCACCCUCAAAGAUGAAUGGUAUCCAUCCUGCCUCUAUAGGUAAAUCACCUCAACCUUUCAGACAAUCUACGACAGAUUCCAACUCUUCCUACUCGGCUUGGAAAAACAUAGGUUCUGCGCCCAGAGAUCCCAAGUCUCGUGCGAGGAGUAGGGAAUAUCUCAAACAAUGUCUCCAAGAAAUAAGUUAUUUGACUUCACCCGGAGCUCUCAACCCAUUGCCGCCCCGUCCACCUGUAGAUCCAACUUAUCCAUUACCUGAAUCUACCAAUCCUACAAAUCCCACCAACGAAAGUCCCGUCGACCCAUUAGAAAGACCUAGAAAAUCUAUACCCGAACAAAAUAUACCUUCAACGUUUGCUUCGUCAACAACAGCAGCAGCCGGAACAACAGAGCGAUCUCAAACAACCGAGAGUGAUAAUCGGCAUGAGCAGAAUCGUUCCUUGCCUAAUGGAGAAUCUAAAGAAGGCCCACCAGGGCAAUCUAGCGAUAUGUCCCUGGAUCCGACUGCCAAACCUCCUUCUUCACCUGCGCCUAGAACAGUCAACCUUCCUCCCUCUGACACACACACUGCACAGCAACCACCACCACAACCAAUGAAAUCGCAAAUUGAUACUCAAGUACCUCAAGAGCAAGGUAAUAACCAGAUUUUGACGGCGAUUUAUAGACCGGAUAGUAAGGCUGCGUGGAGGGAGGAGUUGAGAAAUGCUAAUGAGAUGGCUGAGAAGGCAAAAGAGGAUCGAAAACCCCUUACUUCCUCAUCGUCAGACGAAGAUCAACUAUCCUCCUUGACGCUCAACGUGGAAGAGGAUGAAUCGAAGCCCACCGAUGAUAGUUUGAACAACGGACCCGAAGAUAAAGUUUGGACGACCAGAAGAAGUCUCAAGUCGCAUUUAGACAUUGUCAGAGCGAUCGCUUUUGCCCACGGACCCGGAGUGGUUUUGGCAACGGGAGGUGAUGAUUGUACAGUAAAGGUGUGGGGAGUUGACGUGGGCAGUGUGAUGAGUCAGAAACCAUCUGCUCAAGAGAUUGAGCCUUUGAUAACCUAUCGUGGACAUAGCGCCCCCAUAACUUCGAUAGUGAUAUCCAGCUCCCUAUCAAUCAUAUUUUCCGCUUCGUUGGAUUCGACUAUCCGAUUAUGGAAAUUACCCUCUGUUCACCAUGAUCGAUACUCGAAUUAUGAUUCUUCGUUGGCCAUUCAGACGCUGGAGGGUCAUACGGAUGCCAUAUGGGAUCUGAAAUUGUUACCUUCCAGAGAGGUCAACGGCAAGAAGUUGAAUGGGAAAUUGAUUUCGGCAAGUUCGGAUGGAUCAAUCAAAAUUUGGAUCAAAGCGACUUCAUCGAAUGGUGAACAGGGUGGACAAGGUGGAUGGCAAUUGAAAUCUAGUUUUUCAGAUAUUUUCGAUCGAUCGAAAGAUGAGAUACCGACAUGUUUGGAAAUAUGUAAUUCCGAUUACGGAAACAUAUACAUAGGUACCAAUAAAGGAAGGGUACUUUUGUUUGAUACGGACUCUGAUGAUGGUAGAAUAUUGCAAGUGUUUGGUGAAGAGUCUCCAGAUCCGAGUUCGCAGAUUAAUGCUGUACUGAGUCACCCGACUUUACCUGCUAUCGCGACUGCAGGUGAAGAUGGUUAUAUAAGAUUCUAUGAUAUAAAAUCUAACUCGUCCACCCCGACUCAUUCAAUUCUUGCUCAUCCAUCACCCAUAACAUCCCUUUCAAUCUCGCCUUUAUCACCUACUUGCAUCUUAACAUCCUCGACAGACUGUCUCGUCAGGUUAUGGGAUCUAGGUAAGAAGACUUGCGUACAGGAUUUAUCGGGACACAGAGAAAGGUCAGGCGAAGGUGUUAACAUGGUGGCUUCACAUCCUGAAUUGCCCAUUGUCGGUACGGCUGGUGCGGAUGGUGUGGUCAGAUUAUGGGGUGCGGGAUAA